AGUCCGUUGCUGGAACGUUAGAGCGUUAAGAACUUUGUCAGUUUCUGUCGUUGUUUAGAAGUUUUUAAUAACCACCAAAAUGAGGGAAAUCGUUCACCUGCAGGCUGGCCAGUGUGGAAACCAGAUUGGAGCUAAGUUCUGGGAGGUGAUUAGUGACGAACAUGGCAUCGACCCGUCCGGGACUUACCAUGGAGACAGCGACCUGCAGCUGGAGCGAAUCAACGUCUAUUACAACGAGGCAACAGGUGGCAAGUAUGUCCCCCGUGCAGUUCUGGUGGACUUGGAGCCAGGAACAAUGGACUCCGUGAGGUCAGGUCCCUUUGGCCAAGUCUUCAGACCAGACAACUUUGUCUUUGGUCAGAGCGGAGCAGGUAAUAACUGGGCCAAAGGCCACUACACUGAAGGAGCUGAGCUGGUGGACUCUGUCCUGGAUGUGGUGAGAAAGGAGGCAGAGAGCUGCGACUGCCUCCAGGGCUUCCAGCUCACACAUUCCCUGGGAGGGGGCACCGGCUCUGGCAUGGGCACGCUGCUCAUCAGCAAAAUCCGAGAGGAGUAUCCAGACCGCAUCAUGAACACCUUCAGCGUGGUGCCUUCUCCCAAGGUGUCAGACACAGUGGUGGAGCCAUACAAUGCCACCCUCUCCGUCCACCAGCUGGUUGAGAACACAGAUGAGACCUACUGCAUUGAUAAUGAGGCCCUGUAUGACAUCUGCUUCCGCACGCUGAAACUCACCACGCCCACCUACGGCGACCUCAACCAUCUUGUCUCAGCCACCAUGAGUGGAGUGACCACCUGCCUGCGCUUCCCCGGCCAGCUCAACGCCGAUUUGAGGAAACUUGCCGUCAACAUGGUUCCUUUCCCCAGGCUGCACUUCUUCAUGCCAGGUUUUGCCCCCCUGACCAGCAGAGGCAGCCAACAGUACAGGGCAUUGACAGUUCCUGAACUCACCCAGCAAAUGUUCGAUGCAAAGAACAUGAUGGCAGCCUGCGACCCACGCCACGGGCGCUACCUUACAGUCGCGGCCAUCUUCCGAGGCCGCAUGUCCAUGAAGGAGGUUGACGAGCAGAUGCUGAACGUCCAGAACAAGAACAGCAGCUACUUUGUGGAGUGGAUCCCCAACAACGUCAAAACAGCUGUCUGCGACAUCCCUCCCCGCGGCCUCAAGAUGGCCGCCACCUUUAUUGGCAACAGCACAGCCAUUCAGGAGCUGUUCAAACGCAUCUCAGAGCAGUUCACUGCCAUGUUCCGACGCAAAGCCUUCCUCCACUGGUACACAGGCGAGGGCAUGGAUGAGAUGGAGUUCACAGAGGCUGAGAGCAACAUGAACGACCUGGUGUCCGAGUACCAGCAAUACCAGGAUGCCACAGCUGAGGAAGAGGGCGAGUUUGAGGAGGAGGGUGACGAGGAACUGGCCUAGACACCUACCGUGACCCUUUUCUUACUAUGCAACAGUUAGGGCUGGUUCAUGUGGUUCAAUGCAUUGUAGAAUUAUCACAAAUUGGCUUAAAAUCAAUCAUUCGGACAAUUUCAAAGAAGUGUGCAGUAAUUCCACUGUAAGCUGUCAAAUGAAAUACUGAACUCUUGUCUAGCCUGAACAGGAGCAUGAAGGAUUUCUACAGCCUUGGUUUUUAAAUGUUGUCUGUUCUAUUUUUUCACACAACUUUUUGCAGUUAACACAUCUGUUUGUUAUUCUUACUUUGGAUAUAAAUGUUCUCCUGUUUCCUCUCUGUUUGGAGAGCAUCACCUGAACAUCACUCUCCCCUGAGUGGCAACAUUCAAAACAUGUCAUCAUGAAUUCAUAUGGAAAAUAAAAACUAUAUCAGCAUUUUGUUAAAACUGUAAGGGGCUGUUAGGCAGAAUAAAUGGUCAACAUUAGUUAUGUGUCAGGAAAUACCAUUUAUCAUAUUUUAAAGUUCACAGACUACUGACUAUCCUGCAAGUCACGGAUCAACUUGGCUCUUGAUGUUUCCGGCACCUGUUGAUCUUGUUUGUCCACUCAGUGGUGUUGUGAAAUAGGUAAAUGCUCACCCUCUGUUUAUUCUUUGUCUUUUUCAAGCUGCUGGUUUUAAAUGUAUUCGUGAUGAAGGAGAAUGUAACACUGACCAGUUCAAGGCACCACUGCUGAAUCUGACUAUUGCUCUGUUUAAUGUGGGUGUAAUUCUUAAAGCAGAAUGAAAUAAUCUCAUUUAGCAAAAAAAACAAACACCUUGCACUGAAAGACUUGAAAGCUGUAAACCGUGUCAGGAACUAGUCACUGCUACAUUAUUCCUUGUGUGCUUCGACUGGAAUGUUUAUUGACACAAAAGUUAUAGAUGGGUUCAAAUAAAGACUUUAUGAAUUAGA